AUGGCAUGGAGGUCGAUCUCCACUCCUGUGGUCGCUGCCACCCUGCUCGGAGCUGUGAUCGCCCUUACCCUCCUCAGCAAGCCGGCUCCCCCCCGCCAGACAAAGGCAGAGAAACGGAACUCAAGGCGACAGGGGAGAAAACGAGGUCGAACUGCCACGUCCAAGCGCACGAGAUCGAAACGCAAGCAAACCGCGGAGAUGUUGAUAAACGAGAUCGGCAUUGAUGAGUUCAAGAAGAUGGUCCUCAAGGACAAGCUAGAGAAAGAAGAACAACAGGAGCGAAUGAGGGCGGCGAUGGAUGACCCCAACUCCUUGCGGCUGGUGAUAGACCUCAAUUGGGCGGAGAGCGCCUCCGGUAAAGAGCUGUCUAGCCUCGUGAAGCAGCUCUGUUACGUCUACAGCCGCGCCAGAGCCAGCUCGAUGCCUCCCAGGCUCACUCUCACCUCCUACCAAGGCAGAGCGGCUGCAGCUCUAGAAAGCGCCGGGGCCAAGAGCUGGCUGGUCGACCGCAACCCUCUAGGCGUCUUUACGGUGUUCGAGUCGGCCGAAAUCAUCUACCUCAGCCCCGACGCAGAGGAGCCCUUGGACCAAGUCCUCGAUAUCAACGUCUACGUCGUUGGGGGCAUCGUGGAUCGGAAUCUCAGCAAGGGGCUCACCCUCGGGGCCGCGGAGGGCGCAAGGGCGCGGACGGUGCGGCUGCCGUUCGACGAGUACUUGCCCGAGAUUCCUCACGGCGAUCGAGUCUUGACGGUCUGCGCCUGCGUCGGGGUGCUGAUGGGCGUACGUGCGGGAGAGGGAUGGCGAGACGCGCUGCAGAAGAGCGUGCCACGGAGGGGGGUAGAGAAAGCCGCGCGGCGGGCGCGGGGGGGGGCGUGGCGAGGGACCGUGGUAGAGGCCGUGGGUGCGGGACAGUCUGGAUGGGGGGUGGUAGGGAACUUUGGUGCUGGUCUUGAGAGGAAAGCUGAAGGAGGUGUUGACGUCGCCGAGGUGAAAGCUGGCGCCGGGUCGAGUAAAUAG